AUGCCCGGCGUCACGUCCUCCGUGCGCGACGGCGUGUGCGUCAUCGAGAUGUCGAACCCACCAGUGAAUGCGCUCGCUCUGCCCGUGCUCGAGGGGCUGGAGAAGGCGCUGAAAGAGGCGCAGGGCGAUGGACGGGUGAAGGCGAUCGUGAUUAAAGGCGCCGGCGGCAAGUUUAGCGGCGGAUUCGACAUCGGUCACCUGCGAAAAUCGACCCAGGGGGCGCCUGCGAGCGAUGUUGGAGAAUUUAACGCAAUUUUGUGCACCUUGGCGGAAGGUGGGGCGAAACCGUGCGUGGCGGCGAUCGAAAACUUGGCGUUGGGUGGCGGAUUGGAGGUCGCCAUGUCGUGCGCGGCGCGGGUGGCGACCCCGGGGGCGCAGUUGGGGCUUCCGGAGCUUCAGUUGGGGGUCAUUCCUGGGUUCGGGGGAACGCAACGAUUGCCAAGACUGGUCGGAUUGGAGAAAUCGCUAGAGAUGAUGCUCAAGAGCAAGUCGAUCAAGGCGGAGGAGGCGCUCAAACUUGGUUUGGUUGAUAAAAUCGUCGACCCGGCGAACGCAGUGAACGCGGCGUGCGAGCUCGCCAAGUCGAUUGCGAGCGGCUCAACGAAGCGAGAACUCUCCAUGUAUCGGAAAGAUAAACUUCCGGAUCCGAAAACAGCGCAGGCGAUUCUGAAAGAGGCCGGGAAGAAGGCAAAACAUGUUCAGUCUGUGAUGCCUCACGUGGCCCUCUGUGUGGAUGCCGUCGCAGUCGGGAUCACCGAAGGACCGGAGGCGGGAUUGCAACGCGAGGCCGUGAACUUUAAGAAGGCGGUGUCUUCUCCGGCUGCGAAGGGUUUAGUGCACUUCUUCUUCGCUCAGCGUGCAACGAACAUCGUACCUGGAGUGACAGAUGGCGGUCUCAAGCCUCGAGUGAUGAAAUCUGUCGGCGUUGUGGGAGGAGGAUUGAUGGGAAGUGGAAUCGCCACCGCUUGCUUACUCGCUGGUAUCGGAGUCGUUCUGAAGGAAAUCAAGCAAGAGUUCCUCGACGCUGGCGUUGGGCGUAUCCAGUCCAACUUGGCGAGUAUGGUUCGAAAAGGACGGAUGACUGAAGACAAGGCUCGGAAGCUCAUGUCCCUCGUCAAGCCGACCCUCUCGGAUGACGACUUCCGUCAAUGUGACAUGGUCAUCGAAGCUGUCAUCGAGAACUUGGACCUUAAGCAGAAGAUAUUCUGCAACUUGGAGAAGAUUUGCAGGCCCGACUGCAUUCUGAGCACGAACACGAGCACAAUCGACAUCACAAAGAUCGCCACCAAGAUGAAGAAUCCGGAACGUAUCGUCGGCGCUCACUUCUUUUCUCCGGCGCACGUCAUGCAACUUUUCGAGAUUAUUCGCACGAAAGACACACCGUCGCAAAUUUUGGUCGACACAUUGGGACUGAGCAAGCAAAUCAGGAAGACUCCUGUCGUUGUCGGCAAUUGUACCGGUUUCGCAGUGAACCGCGUGUUCUUCCCUUACACGAUGAGCGCCACUGCUCUGGUGGACAUUGGGUGCGAUCCAUACGCCAUCGACCGUGCAAUUAUGAUGUUUGGCAUGCCCAUGGGACCGUUCAGACUCGGUGACUUGGUCGGACACGAUGUGGGUGUUCAUGUCGGGAAAAAUUUCAUCGACGAUUUCCCAGAUAGAGUCUAUCAAUCUCCCCUCAUCCCUUCUCUUCUCGCGAGUAAAAGACUUGGUGAGAAGAGUGGGGCUGGGUUCUACAAGUACGAUAACAAGCGUCGGGCUACCCCGGAUCCCGAGGGCGUUGAGGGUCUCAUUGCGGCCUCUCGGGCUCAGACCCGACUCCCUCUUGAUGGUUCUUCAAUCCCGAACGGGUUGACCCCGCAAGAGAUCGCCGAGAUGAUCUUCUUCCCCGUUGUCAACGAGGCUUGUAGAGUUUUAGACGAAGGUAUCGUCGUGAAGGCUGGCGAUAUCGACACGGCAUCCAUCUUAGGUAUGGGUUUCCCCGCAUUCCGAGGAGGCAUCGUUCACUGGGGCGACUCCGUCGGAGCCGCCGUCAUCGCAACAAAGCUCAGAACUUGGGCGACCCGAUACGGUGGACUUUACCAACCGUGUCCUUACUUGGAGAACUGCGCAAUUCAGGGACGAACGCUGGCCCAGGGUCCGCUGGACACGAAACUUAAGUCUAGAUUGUAA